GAAGAAGAAAGAUGAUGCGGAACGGUCAGGAGUUUUGAAGGUUGACCGCUGAGGCAAGAGGAACCAACCCCGACGUAACGAGGGCGGGGUUACAGAAUAAACAAGGAAUUUCCUGGUGCGCUACGACAACAGAGAAAGAUGAAUGUUGGCGUAGCUCACAGCGAGGUGAACCCCAACACACGGGUGAUGAACAGCAGAGGAAUAUGGCUCACAUAUCUGCUGCUCACCGUCGUGUUGCACAUCACCCUGCUCAGCAUUCCUUUCUUCACAGUGCCGCUCGUCUGGACGCUCACUAAUGUCAUCCACAACAUGGUAAUGUACCUGUUUCUACACACAGUGAAGGGCACCCCUUUCGAGACACCAGACCAAGGAAAAGCUCGUCUGCUCACACACUGGGAACAGAUGGACUAUGGUGUCCAGUUCACUUCUUCACGCAAAUUCCUCACCAUCUCACCAAUUGUUCUGUACAUCCUGGCCAGUUUCUACACAAAAUACGAUCCUACUCAUUUUUUCAUCAACACCUGCUCCUUGCUCAGCGUUCUCCUCCCAAAGUUGCCUCAGUUUCACGGAGUACGGAUAUUUGGCAUCAACAAGUACUGACAGAACUCAGAACUGGACUGUAACCACCAACACUGGACCAAUAUGUUGCUGUUCCUUCUGAACCUUGUUCUGUUUUGAGGAGAAGCAAGUUAGUGAAUUGUCUUAACUGUGCAACGUAGAGAAAAAAGUAAAUGUGCUCUUCACUGAAAUUCCUGAUAUUAAAAUGAGAGUUGUCUCUUGUUUUUAAGAGAGCAAAAUUUGAACUGCACAGCUUUCA